AGCGGCAUCCGCCACUCAGCACAGAACAAGCGGCCCAGCCUCUCCCGCGGCAGCCGCCACUGCCUGGGCACUCUGGAGAGCGGCCAGCUGGUGGAGGCGGUGGCUCUGGCUUCCUCCUCCUAUUGGCUGCCUGCAGCUGGGGACGGGACACAGUGACAGUAUCGAAGCUGUGAUUGGUUGCUGCGGCUCCGGUUCCCCUGGUACAGACAGAUCAGGGUUUGCAGAAGGACUGUUGCCGCUGGGUAUCUGUGUGUGCCCGGUGCUCACUGGCCGCCCCUUACACUUUUGUCCACCUGAAGACACUGAAGUUAUUGAACAUCAGGACUUUAUUUUUCAAUCCACGCACUGUGUAGUCAAGGAAUGUCAACAGCUAUAUUAGUUACAUUUGUAAGGCAUGGAGGGUCCGGGGUGAGGAGAGGAGCGCUGCUGAUAUCCCGGGUCCUGCAAGAUCACACUCGUAGAGCUUCAACCUGCCAGUGCUCCACCAUCAAUCGCAGGUCUUUUUCAUCCCGUUUUGACCCUGAUGGAAGUGGGAAUCCGGCCACCUGGGACUCUUUUGGCAUUUGGGACAAUCGAAUCGAUGAGCCUAUUCAGCUUCCGCCCAGUAUUAAGUAUGGCAAGCUUAUUCCACACAUCAACUUGUCUAAGGUUGGAUGUGCCACUCAGCUAGGAAACAGGAAAGAAAAUGAAGACAGGUUCAACUUUGCCAAACUCACUGAUGAGGUUUUGUAUUUUGCGGUCUAUGAUGGACACGGAGGGCCUGCAGCAGCUGAUUUCUGUGACCGGUUCAUGGCAAAGUACAUCAAGGCGUUGCUUACACAAGAAGAAGAUAUGGAGAAAGUGUUGACCAAAGCUUUUCUAGAAAUUGAUAAGGCAUUUGCAAGACAAGCUCAUCUAUCUGUUGACGCAACUCUUUUGAACUCUGGGACCACUGCAACAGUAGCUUUGUUGCGUGAUGGCAUUGAGCUAGUGGUGGCUAGUGCUGGUGACAGCCGGGCAUUGUUGUGCCGAAAAGGAAAGCCUCUGAAGCUCACAGUUGAUCAUACACCUGAACGCAAAGAGGAAAGGCAAAGGAUCAGGGAAAGUGGCGGCUUUGUUGCGUGGAACAGUUUGGGGCAGCCCCAUGUGAAUGGCAGGCUUGCAAUGACUAGAAGCAUAGGAGACUUGGAUCUGAAAUCAUUUGGAGUGAUAGCAGAGCCUGAAACUAAGCGAGUUACGCUACAUCAUGCUGAUGACGGCUUCUUGGUAUUAACUACUGAUGGCAUUAACUUCAUAGUAAACAGCCAGGAAAUCUGUGACAUCAUUAACCAGUGCCAUGACCCAGGUGAUGCUGCGCAAGUGCUCACUGAACAGGCUCUCCAGUACGGUGCAGAGGAUAACAGUACCGCUAUCAUUGUUCCCUUCGGGGCCUGGGGAAAACACAAGAGUUCUGAAGUCAGUUUCUCUUUCAGCCGCGGCUUUGCAUCAAGCGGGAGAUGGGCAUGAUUAAGUCCUGCUCCAUAUUUGUUACUAUGAAGCACAAAAACGUCCAUCUUCAAGCACAGUCCAUUUUAUCUUCAUCAAAUCAACUAAUCGUUCUCAUUUUCUAGCACAGUGAAUGCUAUCUGUCCUCUACGUUUUAUAUGGGAAGAAAGGAUCAUGGAUUAUUAAGACAAUGGAUUAUUUGGUUACACCGGAAUGUGUAUGCUUAAAUAUACUAUUGUACAUAAUGUUCAGCGGCGGCUGCAGUGUCGACCAUAUAGUGUAUCGAGGAACCGCUUAGCACAUAAUAAACGUGAUUAUGUAUGUAAUAUAUGUGCUGGCUGGUUCCCCUGGGGGUUGGGUCCGCUGAGUGUAUCUGGCGCUGUGCAGCACCCGGGAAUCCACAUAAGGUUUCUCACACACCUAAGCCUGCCCCCAGACUCCUGUCAAACUAGCCAAUGCGAGUCUGAGGGCUGGCUAAGAAGGACUGAGUGAAGUCUUGCGCUGAUUCCCGGGUGCCGUAUGGCUCCAGAUACACUUGGCGAAUCUGAUCCCCAGGGUAAACAGCCAGCAUAUAUAUUAUAUACAUGUAUGUUUAUAUGUGCUGAGCGGUUCCCCCUUGCACUGUUUGCAGCCGCCGCUGAUGAUGUUGACAUUUUGGUGGAUUGAUACAGCAGUCGUUUUGUAGAAUAUCCUUGCUCCUCGUUGUGUCCUCACAAAGGUGCAGUAUGGCUGACUUACACGAACAACUGAGCUGGGCACUUUAUUGCUCAUUUUGCACUGCAGUAGUGAUAGCAUUUUGCUGGCAAUCUCUGUUACGCUAAAUGUUUGUAUUUAUAAUGUGAGUCCUAUUGCAUAACUUUUAAACUUGUUUCAUUGUGUACUUUUAUGUAUGAAGGUUUUCUAUAUAAAAAAAAUGUGAAUAUAAGCAGGACAGACAUGGGCUUAGGUCCCCCCCAUCUUCUAUUGUAAUUUAUACAUUGUUAGUGCAUGGAAAGCAUCUCCAGUUGUGUAUAAAUAUGCCUAUGGCUUGUAUAAUAUAAAGAGAAUCUGUAGAGAUGUCACUAGACCAAAUCGGGUAUUUAUACCGUGGGGUAUUUCAUUACAGACUACGUCCAAGUUCAUUUGUGAAAACUAAUUGUGUCUUUGUUCUCAAUAGUUGCUGAAACUAAAACUAGUGCUGGUAAAUCUACAUAUGGCAACAUAUGGUAAUUGUAUGCCGGCUACACACAGGGCUACGUGGCUCUUCAUGUUUGAGCAGCUUUCUAAAUGUUAAAGGGCGGGUACAUUUCCCUGGUGACGGAAGUCAGUGGUGAGAGCGAUGAAGCGUUAAGGAUGAGAAAAGUAGGUCUGAAGGUCCAUACACACGAGAUUCGGACUAUGCCCGGUUCUCACUAUGCGACGUGAACUGUGAUCGGUAUCGCAAGUAAAGAUGACUACUGUGCUUGCGAUACCGAUUUUGGCUAAGUGACAAUUUUAACUAUCUUUUACACGAGAUAGUCAAAAUUUACUUGCCUGCACAGUCUAUUUUUGCUUGUGAUGCCGAUCCCGCGGGAUGCAAGCUGUGUACACACUGUGCAAUAUGCACUAACUUUCCUUACGAUUUUGACUAUAUAGUCAAAUCGUAAGAAAAAUUAAGUGCAUAUCUCACCGUGUGUACACACCUUAAUACUUACCAAGUCAUAUUGGAAUACUGGGAACACUUAGAUCCUUUACAAGGAGACAUUUAAUCGGGACACACAUGCUUCAUGACAGUAUUUUAGUUAGGUCACAUCCUGCGCCAUAUGCGUCUGCUGUAUUGCUGGCCUGUUAGCCCCUAAGCUGUACAGUAUUCGGAUAUCCUAUGUAUCAUCAUCACCAUUCAUAUAACUGCUCUGUAUACUAACUUCAUUGCUGGUUUUCUAAUAUGGCAUGUAAUGUACAUAACUAGCUUGUGUAUAUAUUGGUUUUGUAAUUAAUGAAUAAAGGAAUAUGGGAUUUGUUUUAA